GUGGGGCCAGGCGGGGCGGGGUGCGGACGCUUGUACCUCCUGGGCACCCACGGUCACAUGUGUGACCGAAACUGGCAAGUGGGGAUACCUCUGAGGCUCCGAAAAGGUAUCCUGGAACACUGAUGGCAAACUUCAAGGGCCAUGCGCUCCCAGGGAGCUUCUUUCUAAUAUUUGGACUGUGGUGGUCAGUGAAGUACCCACUGAAGUACUUUCACCAAAAGGGCUUGAAGAAGAACAGACUGAGCUAUCAGCAACAGCGUAUUGAGAUCAUUGAAGGUGCAAUGAAGACUUUGUUUGCAAUCAUUGGCAUCCUGGCAGAGCAGUUUGUUCCAGAUGGACCUCACCUGCACCUCUACAAUGAAAAUGAAUGGACGAAGCUGAUGAACUGGCAGCAUAGUACUAUGUACCUCUUCUUUGGUGUCUCAGGAAUCAUCGACAUGCUCACCUACCUUUACUCCAAUAUCGUGCCCCUGGGGUUAGACAGAGUGGUUUUGGCUAUGGCCGUAUUCAUUGAAGGUUUUCUCUUCUAUUUCCACGUUCACCACCGACCUCCACUGGACCAGCACAUCCACUCACUGCUGCUGUUCGGUUUGUUUGGAGCGACUAUCAGUAUCUCUCUGGAGGUUAUCUUUCGGGAUAAUAUUGUGCUGGAGCUUUUCCGAACCACUCUCCUUAUUUUGCAGGGAACCUGGUUCUGGCAGAUUGGAUUUGUCCUGUACCCGCCAUUUGGAACGCCAGAAUGGGACCAGCAGGACAUGGGCAACAUCAUGUUCAUCACUAUGUGCUUCUGCUGGCACUAUUUUGUCGCUAUUUGCAUCACGGCCGUCAACUACUCCCUUGUUUAUUGCUUUCUGACUCGGGUGAAGAGACAUGCAGAAGGAGAAAUCAUUGGGAUUCAGAAGCUACAGUCUGAUCACACUUACCAGUCAACCCUUUUGAGUGGCUCGGAUGAGGAGUGACAUCAGGCCUGGCAGAGUGGAGACCUCACAUCCUUUUAAACAAUAGCUAGAAAAGAUGCAGCUUGUCCCCUGUACUCUAAGGCUUGCCUUAUGCACUCCUAGGGCUCCAUAUACUGCAUCCAUCAUCUAAUACAGAGUCAGAGGCUCAAAUACAGGAAAUAAGACCUUGA